CUAUGGCAGAGAACGAGACGUAACGAGACGUAAGUUCCGUAGUCGUAACGUAAGGUAAGGCAGAGAAAAACGUAGCUGUCGUAGUCGUGACUGGUCUGGAAUGGUCGGUAAAGUGUGUCAGAGCGACGAGACCAGUCACGACUACGACAGCUACGUUUUUCUCUGCCUUACCUUACGUUACGCCUACGGAACUUACGUCUCGUUACGUCUCGUUCUCUGCCAUAGCCCAAACGGAACGAACUUCUAUGCUUCUAUGCGCAUCAUGCAAGAAACGGAACGCACCCAAAGUCUUCGUCACAUGCAGGCCUCCAAAAAAAAAUGCUAUAGCGCCGCCAUUUUUACAGAAAACGAGACAACGCUCAACGCUGUUGCCUUUCGCAGUUCUUACAUGUUCAGUGGUACGAAUAUAGAUGAGUGA